AUGAUCCGCCAAGCGACGCCGCGUGCCUGGAAUAGCAUAGCGGACACGCGAGGGGAGGCCAUGGUGGAGAACGUGGAGCACCAAAUCCUCGUGUGUAUCGAAUCCUCGCAAUAUAGCAGUAUCCACCGACCGGCCAAGGACAAGACAAAACAUGGUGCAGCCCCUGAACUACAGUGGUGCAGUCAGUGA